UUCUUUUUUUUCUUUCUUUGUGUAGAAGAAGAAGAAGAAGAAGAAGCAGAGAGAGAGUUUUCUGGGAUUUGCUAGAUUUCUUCCAACUUGUGCAUGAGAUGUUAAUUUACUUGGACUUAUGUUACUUGAAGAGAUCAUCUCCUGGGUAGUGGUUUGGACAGGAUAUUGGUCAUGAGUAUGCUGGUGGGGACAUGCUUGAGCCAAGGGAAGCUGAUAUACCCGUCCUGUUUCUGGUUUUGGUUGUGCUUCCUUUGGUUGCUUACAUUUUACUUGGAAAAUGGAGUGAGACUACUAAGAAGAGGGAGAGGAUAAAUUUGCUUGCCCAUCUGGCUGCUGAAGAAGCUCGUAGAGCAGAAGCCAUGGCGGUUGCUGAUGUUAUUCCUCUUGCGGCUCCAAUAAAAAAUGUGCCUUUUACUAAGAAUGUGGCUUCAACAAAGAAUGGAUUUCAUUCAUGUGCUAGGUGCUUUAGUCCAGCUACAACUCGCUGCUCCAGAUGCAAGUCUGUCCGAUAUUGUUCUGGGAAGUGUCAAAUAAUUCACUGGAGGGAAGUUCACAAGCAAGAAUGCCAGCAGAUGGAAAACUCAAGCUCACCUCGUGUGACUUUGUCGGUUGAAGAAUCCAUUCAAGAGGGGCUCUUACCUAAUGAAAGCAUGAAUUCUCGGCAUUAUGGAUACAGUGUUGAUCAGGUUAUGGCGGAUAAAGCACCUUCAGAAAGUGUAGUUUAUCCCUCAGUUAGCACAGGUGUCUCUGCUACAGUAGAUUGUUCAGCCAUUGAUACAUCUCAAGUUCUCAUGCCGGGGAGAAAAAGUACAGAAAAACGGGCUUCCCGGAAAUCCAACAAAGAAGCAUUAAGAAGGAAAGAUGGUGUCACAUCUAAUUCUUCUGAAGAAGCCUCUGGGAGUUGGAAUACCUAUGUGACGUCUUCGACUGUUGUUUCGUCAAAAGAGGUUUUCAAGGGCCAUAAGUCAAGAAAUAGUAGCUCUAUUGUAUCGGAAGAAUCUAAAAAGAAGCCUAGUCCCAAUGUCUCUGAUGUGUAUAUUCACGGACGAGCUACGGUGCAUGAGAAUGAUAAGAAUGAAAGUCAAAAUGGGAACACAUUAGAGUCAGAGAGUCAUCAUGGACUGUCGCACUUACCCUAUUCAUCCAAAAAUGGAUCCAAUGGACAUGAAAACGGAAAAGAUUUCAUUCAUAAUGGAGGGAAUCUACUUAGAGGGGAAAAUUCUGAAAUGGCGGAGGCAAAGGGGUAUGCAAAAGCGAAAAAAGCACCGUAUUCCCUUGGUAGCAAGAGUUCUAAAUUGACAAAAUCGACUAUGAAAGAGACUGGAGAGCAGUUUUGCAUAGAAAGAGAGAGAAAGGGGCAUGUGACUGAAUCAAAAUCGUCUAGAAUGAGGGAUACUUCUACACAGGCAAGCAAUGGUGGUGCAAAUGCAAGGAUUAUGAAGAUGAUGGGCCUGGGGAAGCCAACAAAACUCCCUAGAAAGGAUGUCUCAGAAGUUGGUGCUGAUAGACACAAAAUUAAGAUGCUUUUUCCUUAUGAAGAAUUUGUGACGUACUUCCAGUGUGAGGUGUUUGACUUGUCACCUCGGGGCCUUCUAAAUUGUGGAAACAGUUGCUAUGCGAAUGCCGUCUUGCAGUGUUUAACCUCGACAAAGCCUCUUAUUAUUUAUUUGCUUCGCAGAUCGCAUUCAAGAGCAUGUUGUGAUAAAGAUUGGUGUCUCAUGUGUGAACUAGAGCAGCAUGUAAUUAUGUUAAGAGAAAUCGGAGGCCCUCUUUCCCCUAGCAGAAUUCUUCUGCACAUGCGGAGUAUAAAUUGCCAUAUUGGUGAGGGAAGUCAGGAAGAUGCACAUGAGUUCCUAAGGCUUCUGGUUGCGUCAAUGCAAGCUAUAUGCUUGGAGGGAUUGGGAGGAGAAAAGAAGGUAGACCCCAGAUUGCAAGAGACAACUUUUAUACAACAUACUUUCGGGGGACAUCUAAGAUCAAAGGUCAAGUGUUUGAGAUGUCAUCAUGAAUCUGAAAGAUAUGAAAAUAUUAUGGACCUUACAUUAGAGAUAUUUGGGUGGGUUGAGUCACUUGAAGAUGCAUUGACUCAGUUUACAACGCCUGAAGAUUUGGACGGAGAAAACAUGUACAGAUGUGGAAGAUGUGCUACAUAUGUUCGAGCCAGAAAGCAGCUAAGUAUACAUGAGGCACCAAAUAUCAUGACAAUUGUCUUAAAGAGAUUUCAGGAAGGAAGAUAUGGAAAAAUCAAUAAGUGCAUUACAUUUCCUGACAUGCUUGAUAUGAUUCCAUUCAUGACCGGAACGGGUGACAUUCCUCCACUCUACUUGCUGUAUGCUGUCGUUGUACAUUUGGAUACAUUAAAUGCAUCUUUCUCCGGUCAUUAUGUAUCAUACGUGAAAGAUUUGCAAGGAAAUUGGUUCAGGAUAGAUGACACUGAGGUCCAGCCCGUUCCAAUGAGCCAGGUUAUGUCAGAAGGAGCAUAUAUAUUAUUUUACAUGAGGUCUUGCCCCCGACCUCAGAGAGCACUCUCCAGCAAAGCCGUCCAGAAGCAAGUGCCAGAGUUGUCACAUUAUUUUUUGUCGAAGCCUUCAAGACCGGGACAAAGCAAACCCAAUGGUCAAUAUGCUGGUUCAGAGCCUUUAAGCGAAGGCAUUAGACCAGACGUUGCUAAUGGUUUCACCAACCACACCUCCAGUGGCAUCCUUAGGAGUGCAAACCGGAAUGCCAUUCCGGUAAUGGAAACAUGUGCGGAGCCCAUUGGCGUGGAGUUUUCUGAUGCUACAUCGAGUGAUUGGUCUAUUUUCACAAGUUCAGAUGAGGCUUCUUUCACAACGGAGAGUACCCGAGACUCAUUCAGUACCGUAGAUUUUGCCGAUACCAAUGUAGAUCCAAUCUCAUCAAUCUUCAACACUAUAUAUGCGCCGGAGUAUUCCCGCAAUUCUGUUUCCUGCAGAAAAUUUUCAAACAAUAGGCCACAGACUAGAUUUUUUUCUCAGGAGAAGGGUCAAAUUUUGGACUCAUACUUGUCAGCACAACCUCUUGACAGAAUACCAAGAGGAGACUAUUCUCAACAGGUCGGUGGGUCUCCGACCAUAUUUUCAUCUGACAGUAACCCGGGCAUGUUUGUAAGAUAUGGGAGUAACCCAUUAUAAUGGGAUUGAUCAAACAAUCUGGUCAUUCUAAGUUCUAGUUCAUAGGAGUUCCUACUGAUUGAAUAUAUAUGAUUUAGUAGGUAGAAACUGUGCCCCAAUUUCCAUUUUCAAUGUUUUGUUGAUUGGGGCAUAUUGUUGUUCUCCAAGGAAAGGAAUAUUCUUGUUAGCUUUUGAAAUAUCAUGGAAAGUUGUAAAGCAUUUGGCUUUUC